AUGGAUCCUAAACUGGAGCAUAUAGCAAAAGAAGGUGUUAACCAGACAAAUAUGAGGAGAAGUAUGCCUUUCCUAUUGAAGGUGGUGGGUGCAGAUUGCUCUGUGGACCUGGGGAAGGGUCAGUGCAACUGUAACCUACCCACCUCAUAUGUCCUGAGGUACUUUGAUGUCUUGACAGGUGUCCUGACUCUUGGCCUUGAACUCGUCAGCAGAAGAAGGGAGGGAGAUUUUCAUAAGCAAGUACGUGAAUUGCAUUCAAUGCCUGACAGUGGUUUACAGCUAUCUACUGCUUUGGUCGGGAGCUCUGGUGGGUGCUGUAUUAGAAUUGAGCAUGUGGCUCAGGCCAGCCAAUUAAAGUCCUCUAUUCCAAGACUUGAUUACUCAGAGGCCACUCACUUUGGCUACAGUGAUUGGUUCAGAGAAUUAGAAGCUGGGAUGAUAAAGUCUGGGGUAUCUGUGGCCACAGCAUGA